AACUUUAUUUUAAAUUUACUUAGCUACUCUCCAGUCUCCCUCCCGUCCUGCUAAAGUUGCCUGUUCUCUGCCUACAAAUACCAACAAGACCCAAUGAGCUCACUCAACCAUCAGCAACGGCAGACACAGAUGUGGCCUCUGGUGUGGUCUGACCGGAUCACAAAACCAGGAAAAUCUGGUUCCUGCAAUGGGCCACAGAAUACACCCGAUACUGAAGCACUGAUGGCUCGGCAUGCACGCAGAAAGAUACGAGUUUGUCUAAAAAUGGCAAAGUUAUUUCAGCAAUACAGGGCUCAGCUGCACUCCAAUAAACACGGUGUCAGCGUGUCUUCAGACCCUCCGUCAACAGAUGAAAAGAUCUGCCUCACUUUGUAUGAAAACCGGAAAGUUGUGUUGUUCACUGUGAAAAACUCUGGUAUCAAAGAGGUUUCUUUAAGUCUUUGGGCCUCUGACCUCGUGAAGAACAUUUUCACUGUCAAAGACAGUCAUGGAAACAAAAUCAAAACUAUGAAGCAACUCCGUCUUAGACCAGGAGAGCACUAUAAAAUCAAGGUCCAUUUCUACUCACAGCAUGACGGCUUCUAUGAACAGCUACUGGUCUUUCAGUUUGAAACACACCAGCACAGAUUUGAAAUCAUGCGCCUCUUUGAAGUCACACAUCGAACAUCUUUUAGUGAAGAGCCCGUCCCUGCAGCCACAAACAACCUCGACCUCCUAAAUGUGACAUGGAAUCAAAGUGUCUCAACGUUGCGUAGGCCUGUGGUGGAAUUAAAGAAGUAUCCGCUGCCCAAUGAUAUAAAAGACCUCAAGAAAUAUGUCAAGGAACUGAAGAAGGAAACUUUGAACUGGAAGAAUUACAACAAGAGGUUUGAGUUGCUGCUGCAUCUGGAAGAGCUUCAGGAGAAGACAGAGAUUGAGAUCUUCAACCAGGAAGGGGUCUUGUUCAAACACCAAAGCAUCCCAGACAUUGUCACGCUGAAGAUUGCAGAUGCCUCUCCAAACUCACUACUUAGGCUGUCCAAGGAAAAAGUGCUGGCGACUCGUGUGGACCGGGCGUCAUUCUUUUUAAAUACGUUUUACAAAGGCUGGGUCCGUCAUGUAGAUGCGGAGCGGAUCUACCUGCAGUUCGAUGACCAGUUAGAGAGAUGGUUCAAGGAUGGCAUGAGAUUUCGUAUUUACUUCGUUCUCAACCGUAUAUCGCUGCGUGUCCAGCACAGAGCAGUAGAGCUGGCGUGCAAACGUGAACUGGAGGAGGUGUUGUUCCCCACUGGACAAUUCUCUUUCCACCAUUCUGAGCUGCAAAGGAUGACAAAGCAUGAGAUCAACCCCGAGCAGUGCAAGGCUGUUCAACACAUUGUAGCUGCCUCCGCGAAACCCGCCCCAUAUCUGGUAUUUGGUCCACCCGGCACAGGCAAAACAGUGACUUUGGUAGAAGCCAUCAAUCAGAUAAUGAAAACACACCCAGAGUCCCACAUCCUGGCCUGCGCUCCUUCCAACAACGCAACUGAUCAUCUCUGUGAGAAGAUUCUGGAACGAAAGCUGGGCAAGAAGAUUGUGUAUCGCUUGUAUGCCCUAAGCUACCCUGUGAAGAAUAUCCCCAAAAAUAUAAGGCACUGCUGCAACCUGAACUUUGCCGAAAAAGGACUUUUGAUCCCCUCCAAAAAGCAACUGAUGAGGUAUAAGAUCCUGCUCACGACCCUGCAAACCUCAGCAAGGCUACUGUCAGGAGGGAUUCCUCCAGGUCAUUACACCUACAUCUUUGUGGACGAGGCAGGCCAAUCUACAGAAACAGAGUGUAUCAUUCCUAUAGCAGGUUUAAUGAAUCAACAAAAAUGCCAGGUGGUGCUGGCUGGAGACCCCAAACAGCUAGGCCCCAUCAUCACAUCCAGAGUGGCAGAGAAACAUGGCUUGAAUGUAUCGCUGUUGGAGCGUCUGAUGGACAACGUCAAACUUUACAGGCCACAUGAGACAGACGGGUUCAACAACCGCUUUGUGACCAAACUACUGAGGAAUUACAGGUCCCAUCCUGCAAUUCUGAAAAUUCCCAAUGAGCUCUUUUACGAUGGAGAACUUCAGCCUUUUGCUGACAAAGUGACAUGCAGUUCUUACUGCAAAUGGGAACGCUUGCCCAAAAAAGGUUUCCCGUUGAUCUUCCAUGGAGUUGCAGGAAUCAAUGAACUUGAAGCCAACUCGACGUCUUAUUACAACAUGGCAGAGCUGGAGGUGUUGAAGGAGUACUUAAAAGCCAUUCUGUGUCAUCUUCACAAAGUGGGUGUGAAAAAAAUUGGACCAGGAGAAAUUGGCAUCAUUUCCCCAUACAGAAAACAAGUGGAGAAAAUCCAGAAAGCCCUUCAGACGGACAAAGAUCUCAAGGAGCAAAACUUGGAAAACAUUCUGGUCGGAUCAGUGGAGCAGUUUCAGGGAAAAGAGUUCAACGCGAUUCUGGUGUCUACAGUGCGCAGCGGUCCAAAAAUGACCGCAAACAAGCCACUAUUCACGUUAGGCUUUAUUGACAAUGAGAAGAGGUUCAACGUGGCAGUGACCCGAGCACGGAGCUUGCUGAUUGUGGUGGGCGACCCAAGAGCCUUGCAAACUGACCACAACUGGAACAAAUUCAUCCAUUACUGCUUCAAAGAAGGGGGUUACUGUGGCAUUGCAGUCUCUGACCAAGAGGAAGAGAGGGAGGAAGAGGAAGAGGAAGCUAUGAGCCUCUGGUGCAACAGGGGAGAGUGAUUCAGCAACAGCUGGAGCCCUGUUGAAGGAACCAGAAGACCUCGCACACUCAUCUUAGGCUCCAGUAUUUAACAUUGUGAAAAGUGAGAAUAAAGGACUGGUUGAGAAACUGAGGACUAAGUGUGACACAAGCCAGAACUGCCUGUAUAGAAGUAUAAUUUCUUGUAGAAUUUUAUUUAAUUUAAAUUUUAAAAAUAUUUUUUAAUGGCACACAACUAGAAAAAGAAGUUUCCAGUUAGAUUGACUUUA